AUGGCGAUCGCAAGGCAAGUGCUUUGUGUCUGUGCUUUCCUCUCGCUGCCGCACGCUGGCGCCGAGCCCAUCCGCUACUCCGUAGCCGAGGAGGCGGAAAGCGGCUCCCUGGUCGGCAAGCUGGCCGAGGACGCGGGGCUGACGCCGGCGCAGCUCUCGGCUCGCCGCGCCCGCCUGGUGUCGGACGACGGCCGGCAGCAUUUUCGCUUAGACCGCGCCUCCGGCCGCCUCGUCGUGGCGGGCAGGCUGGACCGGGAGGAGCUGUGCGGCCAGGCCGCCAGCUGCAUGCUCCCCUUCGAGCUGCUGCUCGCCGAGCCGCUGCAGUUCUUCCGGGUCGAGGUGGCUCUGGAGGACAUCAAUGACCACUCACCUGUUUUCCCCGAGGAACGAGUCCGUUUUGACAUCCCGGAAAGCAGCGACCCGGGUUCUCGAUUCCCGCUGGAGGUCGCUCGGGACCUCGAUAUUGGCACCAACACAGUCCAGGCAUACAGCAUCUCUCCUGAGAAUGAAUAUUUUACCGUAUCUUAUGGAAGUCGGAGUAAUGAUGACAAAUAUGUUGAACUUGUAUUAGAAAAGGCACUAGACAGGGAGGAGCAGGCAGAGAUGCAGUUCCUUGUUAUUGCUGUGGACGGUGGCUCUACUCCCAGAAGCGGGACCAUUGAGAUCUCCGUUUUCAUUCUAGAUGUAAAUGACAAUGCUCCUGUCUUCACAAAAGAGCGUUAUAUUGGACAGGUUUUGGAGAACAUGCCAGAAGGCUCUCUGGUUCUGACUGUGCUGGCCACUGAUCAGGAUGCAGGAGUUAAUGGGGACAUUUCCUAUCAACUGAGCCAAGCAGUGGGACAGAGUGACUCAGCAUUUGUGAUUGAUCCCAAAACUGGUGAAAUUAAACUCACAAAACCUCUGGACUACGAGGCAGCAGCAACUCAUGAGCUCAGUGUGAGGGCCAGAGAUGGAGGGGGCCUUUCAGCGAUCUGCAAGGUGUUGGUGCAGGUGGUGGAUGUGAAUGACAAUGCCCCAGAGCUGGUGGUCAGUUCCUUCAGCAGUCCCCUCCCCGAGAACACAGUGCCCGGCACAGUGGUUGCCCUGUUUUCGGUCAGGGACCGGGAUUCUGGUGCCAACGGGAAGAUCUCGUGUGCCCUGGAGGAUCAGCUCCUCUUCUCCCUGCGGCCAGCCUAUAAGAAUUACUACGAGCUGGUGACAGUGAGCGCGCUGGACCGCGAGGAGACGGCUCAGUACGUGCUGAGUGUCACAGCAGCAGAUGCGGGGUCGCCUCCUCUCACGACCACGCAGACCUUCACCGUGGACGUCUCGGACGUCAACGACAACGCGCCCGUCUUCAACCAGACGUCCUACACCAUGUACGUGCGUGAGAACAACGUCCCCACGGUGUUUGUUGGAGCGGUCAGUGCUGCAGACGCUGACGUGGGGCUCAAUGCCAAGGUGACCUAUUCCCUGGCCCCGGCGCAGGCGGCAGAGCGGCCCCGGUGCUCCUGCAUCUCGGUGAACUCUGAGAACGGACACGUGUUUGUGCUGCGGCCCCUGGACUACGAGCACUUGCGGCAGACCGAGGUGACGGUCGUGGCCUCUGACGCGGGCUCUCCUCCGCUCAGAGCCAACGUCACCGUGCGCCUCGUCGUGCUGGACGAGAAUGACAACGCGCCGCUGGUGCUGUACCCAGGCCAGGAGAGCGGCGCGGCGUCCAGCGAGCUGGUGCCCGUGUCGGCUGAGGCGGGCUACCUCAUCACCAAAGUGGUGGCCGUCGACGCCGACUCCGGCCAGAACUCCUGGCUCUCCUACCACCUGCUGAGGGCCACCGAGCCCGGGCUGUUCACCGUGGCUGCCCAAAGCGGGGAGGUGCGUCUGAGGAGGCCGGUGACAGACAGGGACAGCGUCAAGCAGAAGCUCGUUGUCCUGGUCCGAGACAACGGCCAGCCCCCGCUGUCAGCCACCGCAGCUCUGAGCGCGCUGCUGCUCAAGGACUUCUCAGACGUGCGCCUCCCGCACGGCAGCGCGGCCACGGAGGAUCAGGACGGCUCCCUGACCACCUACUUAAUCAUCUCCCUGGUCUUUGUCUCACUCCUCUUCCUCAUCUCCGCCGCGGUCUUUGUGGCUCGCAAGGUGUGCAGGAGAAAGGAGCUGCAGGCCGGCCAUGUGCUUUAUGGUGCCGACAACUUGCAGAGCGGCCUGGCCGAUGCAGCCGCUGCAGGGACCCUGCCCCGCGCCUACUGCUACGAGAUCAGCCUCACAACGGGCUCGGGCAACAGCGAGUUCAAAUUCCUCAAGCCCAUCCUCCCCAGCCUGCCACCACAGCACUGUGCCACGGGCCAGGGCCCCGAGGAGGGACAGGAUUUCCCCUGUGUCCCUGUCAGCACAGAGGACAUGGCACCAGACAAUCCUGGGACUCUCUCUGCGCGACAGUUCAACGCUCUUUCCUUCGACUACGACACCGGCCGCCGCCGCCGCCGCGCCAUGGCCAUCGCAAGGCAAGUGCUUUGUGUCUGUGCUUUCCUCUCGCUGCCGCACGCUGGCGCCGAGCCCAUCCGCUACUCCGUAGCCGAGGAGGCGGAAAGCGGCUCCCUGGUCGGCAAGCUGGCCGAGGACGCGGGGCUGACGCCGGCGCAGCUCUCGGCUCGCCGCGCCCGCCUGGUGUCGGACGACGGCCGGCAGCAUUUUCGCUUAGACCGCGCCUCCGGCCGCCUCGUCGUGGCGGGGAGGCUGGACCGGGAGGAGCUGUGCGGCCAGGCCGCCAGCUGCAUGCUCCCCUUCGAGCUGCUGCUCGCCGAGCCGCUGCAGUUCUUCCAGGUCGAGGUGGCUCUGGAGGACAUCAAUGACCAUUCACCUCUUUUCCCCGAGGAACGAGUCAGUUUUGAAAUUCCCGAAACGAGUGACCCGGGUUCGCGUUUUCCCCUGGAGGGGGCUCAGGACCUCGAUAUUGGCAGCAACAGCAUCCAGGCAUACAGCAUCUCUCCGGAGAAUGAAUAUUUUAGGGUCUUCUAUGGAAGCCGGAUUACAGGCAAGAAGUAUCUCGAACUGGUUUUGGAAAAGCAACUUGAUAGAGAGGAGCAGGCAGAGAUGAGUUUCAGUCUCAUUGCCGUGGAUGGGGGCUCUCCUCCCAGGAGUGGUACCACCGAAGUUAAAAUUGUUGUUCUAGAUGCAAAUGACAAUGCUCCCGUCUUCACGCAGGAGGAGUACAUAGGGCAGAUUUUGGAGAACAUGCCAGAAGGUUCUGUGGUUCUGACUGUGCUGGCCACUGACCAGGAUGCAGGAGUUAAUGGGGACAUUUCCUAUCAACUGAGCCAAGGAGUGGGACAGAGUGACUCAGCAUUUGUGAUUGAUCCCAUAACUGGAGAAAUUAAACUCACAAAACCUCUGGACUACGAGGUAGCAGCAACUCAUGAGUUCAGUGUAAGAGCCAGAGAUGGAGGGGGCCUUUCAGCAAUCUGCAAGGUGUUGGUGCAGGUGGUGGAUGUGAAUGACAAUGCCCCAGAGCUGGUGGUCAGUUCCUUCAGCAGUCCCCUCCCCGAGAACACAGUGCCCGGCACAGUGGUUGCCCUGUUUUCGGUCAGGGACCGGGAUUCUGGUGCCAACGGGAAGAUCUCGUGUGCCCUGGAGGAUCAGCUCCUCUUCUCCCUGCGGCCAGCCUAUAAGAAUUACUACGAGCUGGUGACAGUGAGCGCGCUGGACCGCGAGGAGACGGCUCAGUACGUGCUGAGUGUCACAGCAGCAGAUGCGGGGUCGCCUCCUCUCACGACCACGCAGACCUUCACCGUGGACGUCUCGGACGUCAACGACAACGCGCCCGUCUUCAGCCAGACGUCCUACACCAUGUACGUGCGUGAGAACAACGUCCCCACGGUGUUUGUUGGAGCGGUCAGUGCUGCAGACGCUGACGUGGGGCUCAAUGCCAAGGUGACCUAUUCCCUGGCCCCGGCGCAGGCGGCAGAGCGGCCCCGGUGCUCCUGCAUCUCGGUGAACUCUGAGAACGGACACGUGUUUGUGCUGCGGCCCCUGGACUACGAGCACUUGCGGCAGACCGAGGUGACGGUCGUGGCCUCUGACGCGGGCUCUCCUCCGCUCAGAGCCAACGUCACCGUGCGCCUCGUCGUGCUGGACGAGAAUGACAACGCGCCGCUGGUGCUGUACCCAGGCCAGGAGAGCGGCGCGGCGUCCAGCGAGCUGGUGCCCGUGUCGGCUGAGGCGGGCUACCUCAUCACCAAAGUGGUGGCCGUCGACGCCGACUCCGGCCAGAACUCCUGGCUCUCCUACCACCUGCUGAGGGCCACCGAGCCCGGGCUGUUCACCGUGGCUGCCCAAAGCGGGGAGGUGCGUCUGAGGAGGCCGGUGACAGACAGGGACAGCGUGAAGCAGAAGCUCGUUGUCCUGGUCCGAGACAACGGCCAGCCCCCGCUGUCAGCCACCGCAGCUCUGAGCGCGCUCCUGCUCAAGGACUUCUCAGACGUGCGCCUCCCGCACAGCAGCGCGGCCACGGAGGAGCAGGACGGCUCCCUGACCACCUACUUAAUCAUCUCCCUGGUCUUUGUCUCACUCCUCUUCCUCAUCUCCGCCGCGGUCUUUGUGGCUCGCAAGGUGUGCAGGAGAAAGGAGCUGCAGGCCGGCCAUGUGCUUUAUGGUGCCGACAACUUGCAGAGCGGCCUGGCCGAUGCAGCCGCUGCAGGGACCCUGCCCCGCGCCUACUGCUACGAGAUCAGCCUCACAACGGGCUCGGGCAACAGCGAGUUCAAAUUCCUCAAGCCCAUCCUCCCCAGCCUGCCACCACAGCACUGUGCCACGGGCCAGGGCCCCGAGGAGGGACAGGAUUUCCCCUGUGUCCCUGUCAGCACAGAGGACAUGGCACCAGACAAUCCUGGGACUCUCUCUGCACGACAGUUCAACGCUCUUUCCUUCGACUAGCCGGGCACUGCACACACAGACCCUUCAAUGCUCCUGGGAGGAGGGGAUCCAGGCUGCAGCAUGUGGCAAUGCUUUCUCCUGAGUAAAUCUGUAUUUGCAAUUGGUUUAACCAACGUCCUGCAAGUUCUGUUAAGAAUAAAUAUCUGCCACUCCAAAAAACAGUGAGGGAAAUAAAAGAAGUCAAAGUUCUCUCAUUUAUUUAGCAAUGACUUUGAUCUCUGUUUCUGCCAUUUCCCACAGGCUUUAAGUAUGUGGCUA